AGAGGAGGCAGCUACAGUGCUGGGUAAAGAUGAGGUUCUGUUGGUGAGGGUCAUGGAAUGGUGUGAGGCAAGGGACCAUGCAGGGGUCAGGGGAGAGGCAAACCGCCUCCUGGCCGCCCUUAUUAGACACAGUCGUGCUCCGGUGAGACAAACACACAGACCCGCACACACACCAUACAUACAGUACGUAAUCCCCAUCUCUUCUAGAGGCUGAUUCUCUCCCUCCUGACUUUGACAGGAAGUCAUCAACGCUGUAACCAAAGCAGAUGGGGUGCGUCACCUCAUCUCCAUGGCAACCAGUGAACACGUCAUCAUGCAGAAUGAAGCCCUGGUUGCCCUGGCGAUUGCAUCUGCCAUUGACAUUGGUGAGGAAUUCUACUAUCCUUUGAGAGCAGUCAGAGGGAAAGAUCAAUACAUCUAAAGCUACCCUUUGGACUAGCAUAAUAUAACUAGAUACAGGUUUACUGACAAUAACCAAAACUAAUACACUGAGUAUACAAAACAUUAAGACAUAGACUGACCAGGUGAAUCUAGUUGUAAGCUAUGAUCCCUUAUUGAUGUCACUUGUUAAAUCCACUUCAAUCAGUGUAGAUGAAGGGGAGGAGACGGGUUAAAGAAGGACUUUUAAGCCUUGAGACAAUUGAGACAUGGAUUGUGUAUAUGUGCCAUUCAGAGGGUGAAUGGGAAAUACAAAAUAUUUAAGUGCCUUUGAACGGGGUAUGGUAGUAAGUGCCAGGCGCACCGGUUUGUGUCAAGAACUGCACCGCUGCUGGGUUUUUCACGCUCAACAGUUUCCCGUGUGUAUCAAGAAUGGUACACCACCCAAAAGACAUUCAGCCAACUUGACACAACCUUCUAGAAUCCAUGCCCCAACGAAUUGAGGCUGUUCUGAGCGCAAAAGGGGGGUGUUAUCAGGGCAAUAUUAGGAAGGUGUUCCUAAAGUUUGGUAUACUCAGUGUAUAUUUAUAAUAAUAUCAGUAUAUAUUAUAUCAGUAUGUAAUAAUAUACUGCUAAUGUAAUAAUAACAGCUCAUAUUUUACAAUGGUGAAUUACUGUAAGCUUAUUUUAGUUUAUACUAAUUCCCCCACAUACCAAUGUACAUAUACCGUAAUGUACUUACUGUAAAUGAGAAACUAACACACUCUCUUUGCGUGUGUGUCCUGCUGUUCUCCAGACUCCAUGCAGGAAUCAUUCCAGGAGGCAGAGCUCUUGCCUACACUGCAGAAGAUGCUGGAUGACCCAGUGGGGGCAGUGGAGGUCAAGUUCAGCGCCCUAGGCCUCAUCUGUAGCCUGGCCAACUCCAGUAGGUACCCCCCCCCCCCCCCCACACACACACACACACACACAUUUGCAUGUUCUCUCUCUACUUAUUUCUACCCCUCUCUCUCAGGCAUGAUGAAGGAAGAAAUGGAAUCUCUAAACCUGAAGGAGACGCUCACCAAGCUCUCUGGUCACUCCAGCACCAAGCUAGCCACACAGGCCGACACAGUGCUGGCCAUGCUCUCUGAAACCAGCUAGACUGACCGGACCGGACCACUGCCCUGGUCAAUGUGACCAUAGACUCUGCGAACCACGUGCCACCACAAUCACCCCUACUACCGUGACCACACCAUCCUACCCAUGAACCGCACUUCACCAGAGAACAACCCAUCCCUCGCUCUGAUAGAGGAGAAGGGGUGGAUGGUUUGAAAAGAGGCAGAUAUUGACAGUCUUCCAAAGCUUGGUUUUCAUUCACCUGGCCUAUGGAGAGCACAGUUUGACAGAGAUAUACUAGGAAUGACCAACCCAAUCUGACAGAGACGUAACAAGGUGAUAGCCAAUGUUCUAAGCACAAGCUGAAUGAGCCAACCCAUGUAAACGCACACGAGUCACAACAUCCCAGUUCACUCAUCAUGACCAUCUGUAUAAAGAGUGUCUACUGUAUGUGUGAAAUAGCUAUUCUAAUCAGUACAUUAAUCAGUUUAAUGUACACCAUGUAGAUUUCCUGUAGGGACCAGUGUAUAUUGUCAAAGGAAAUGUUUGCGUAUGUAUGCGCCAUAGAGUUAAUGAUGGUUACUAUUUCAUAGCAUCUAAUUUGUUAACCAUCAAUGGAAAACUUAAAACUAACGUCUGUCACUGUUUAUUCAUGUGAUGUUCUAUAUAUGCUCUGUAUUGACCAAUGUACAUGGAUGUAAAUGUUCCAAGAAUAUGACCAUGCCUGUCUCUUCUCUGUGGAUCUCAUAUAGUGAGAUCCUCUUGGCAAUAUCUACAGUGUACAGGACAAGAAAAGCAUUCAAAGCCAAUAUCUCAAUCAUGAUCUUUUACCAAAGUAUAUUCUAAUUGUUAAAACUGUGCGUAAGGAAGUAAGAAAUCUAAGCUGAUUAACAAUCGUGUGAGGCAUUUGGAGUUUAUUCCAAAGUAUUCUUUGAUUGUCAUCCAGGUACCAGGAAGAUAACAGUAACUGUAGACCUAAGAGGUUUUUCUCCCAUGUUGUCAGAGGGAAAAUCUCCAGGCAUUUAUUCCAGAGAAUCCCAUUUUUUCCCCCACUGACACAUGUAGCUCAGUCCUAGUUAUCUGAGAGUGGGCACUGGGCAGGGUAAUCAUUACAGAGCUGUGAGAGUGUCUGGCAGCUUUCCCACUGGGUGCCAGCUCCAACAUUCUGAUUAAAAUAGAUCAAUAUGUUGUGUGAAUGCUGGGGCAGCAAAGGGCUCGUGAUGAAUGGAGCUUUAAUGUUGCACUCAAAGCCCCGCUGAUACAUCCAACUCCUUUUAACACCAAUUUGAUAAGGUGUCUAGAGCCCAACGGAGACUGGCUGGCUAUUUCAAAAGCAUUAAUAUAGUGAAUAUCAACUGAAAACAGCACUUCGUCCCUCUGUCUUUCCUUAAUAGUACCUAAUAGGCUACUCAAUGGGAGCUGAGUUGUUGUUAUUGAAUUGAUCUUUGAAAUAUAACUAUUUUGGUGUUUUAAAAAGGGUGGCUUACAGAAACAGCUGGAAAUAAAAAAACGAAUGGCCAUG